AUUGCUUGUUCCCGCUUUGCUCCAGCGAUCGACUUGGCGGGCUGGCCGGCCAGGAUAUUAGCUCUCCGCACUCCUGUGCUCUCACUUGCAUGCAGCUGAGCAUCGACGCAUAUUUGUGGAGCGCAAAUUCCCGCACUGCAUUUAACAAGCUCAUCAACGUGGACCGUGGACUGACUCGAGCCGUGGAAGCCACACGAAGACAUUUCUCUUGUCAACACCAUCCAAUACGAGCCUUCACAAGCAAAGCCAAACCGACGCCUUCAAACUCAAAAAGCAACGUCCGGCCUAUCUAAUCUGCAUCUUCUCCACCACAUUGGUUGGGCCAUCACUAGAUUACAGGGCUACAACUUGUAAAGGCUGCCACCAAUCUCCAAUCACGCCAUAAAAACUCGGAUUCUAAGCCACCCAUUAUCCAGCUCUUCCCGGCCUUCAAUCUGAUAAGCUUGCUCGUUUCGCAGCACCAUUAUCAGAUCAUCUUAUCAGUUCUCAUCUCAAACGGACUGUAAUCCUAGCAAGGGUGCUUGCGUUCUGAAGGGUCACACACCUUGUACACUUCCCGCCUCUGAUCCGGCCUCGGCCGUUGCCAGCCCAGCAUUGUGGUCCCCUCGAUAAGUCGACGACAUCUUCGAAGUAAUUCUCCAGAAGAGCGCAGGACGACUCCCUGUCAACCUCCUCAAAGUCGCUCAGGACAUUGCCACGAGGCACAACGACCAAAAGAGAUCCAAAGUCUCCAACAGUCAAAGAUGGCGAUUUCGUUGUCUUUCUUCCCUAUAUUAUCUCUUCUGUUUGUUAUUGUACCAGAGAUCGUUCAUGCGAAAACUGUCACCUACGAUUUCAACAUCACAUGGGUUACUGCGAAUCCAGAUGGCAUCUUUUCGAGACCCGUCAUCGGGAUCAACAAUGCCUGGCCUCUCCCGGUAAUGACGGCUACACUUGGUGACCAAGUUGUCGUCAAUGUCAACAACCAGCUCGGAAAUCAAAGCACAUCUUUGCAUUUCCAUGGCCUCUUUCAGAAUGGAACAAACGCUAUGGAUGGACCAUCUUUUGUGACGCAGUGUCCUAUUCCAGCAGGAUCUUCCUUUACAUACAACUUCACGGCAGCUCAAUCUGGUACUUACUGGUAUCAUUCCCACAACAUGGGGCAAUAUCCCGACGGUCUUCGCGCUCCCUUCAUCAUCCACGAUCCCGAGUUUCCAUAUCAAGAUCGAGUUGAUGAGGAAAUUGUACUGUCCGUUUCAGAUUGGUACCAUGAGCAGAUGGCGACGUUGAAACCGAAAUUCCUCAACAAAGCGAAUCCUACUGGCGCAGAACCAGUUCCACAGAAUGCCCUCCUGAACGACACGCAGAAUCUCACUGUUUCGAUCCAGCCUGGAAAGACAUACCUAUUCCACGUUGUCAACGUCGGUGCAUUUGCUGGGCAGUAUCUAUGGUUCGAAGGUCAUAAUAUCACAAUAGUUGAGGUUGACGGGGUUUUCACGGAUCCAGCUGAGGCAUCUAUGAUUUAUAUUUCAGCGGCGCAACGAUACAGUUUCUUGCUUACCACCAAGAAUGAUACCUCCACUAAUUAUGCCUUCGUUGGCAGCAUGGACACCGACCUCUUUGACACUCUACCCGAGGAUCUUAACUGGAAUGCAACGGGAUGGUUGGUUUAUGAUGACUCCAAGCCCAUGCCGGAACCUGCAGCCGUAGAUUCCCUCGAUCCUUUCGACGAUUUUGCACUGGUACCAGUCGACAAGAAGCCGCUUCUACGCGAUGCUGACCAAACAAUCACUUUCGAUGUUAUCAUGGACAACUUGGGCGAUGGGCGGCCAUAUGCCUUCUUCAACAACAUUACUUGGGUCAAGCCAAAGGUCCCUACACUAUACACAGUCAUGAGCACUGGCGAAGCAGCUACCAACCCCUUGGUAUACGGAGAAUUCUCGCACUCUUUUGUGCUUGACAGACAUCAAAUAGUGGAGAUCGUGGUGAAUAAUCUCGAUUCGGGAAAGCAUCCAUUCCAUCUUCACGGGCAUAACUUCCAGACGAUUGUCCGUUCAGAAGACGGAGCUGGAUCAUUCGAUGCAUCCAACUCAAGCCAGACCAACUACCCUGCGAUUCCAAUGCGAAGAGACGUUGUAGUUCUGCGUCCCGAGGGCCACAUGGUUCUUAGAUUCGAGGCGAACAAUCCUGGAGUUUGGCUAUUCCACUGUCACAUCGAGUGGCAUAUGGACCAAGGACUGAUUGCAACUAUGAUUGAAGCUCCUUUGGAUAUACAAAAAUCCCAGAGCAUUCCACAAAACCACUUCGACGCAUGCACAGCUGGCAAGAUUCCUUCUGUUGGCAACGCCGCUGCUAAUACGGAAGACUUCCUUGAUCUGAAAGGUGCCAGCAGAGCCCCGAACCCCUUGCCAUCUGGUUUCACAGCUCGUGGCAUUAUCGCUAUGACUUUCAGCGUUCUGGCAGCUGUUAUUGGAUGUGCUGUUAUUGCAUGGUAUGGUAUGGCGGACAUGGGAGCUGCAUCGAUGGCCAGUGAGGAACGGCGUAUCGCAGACAUGCACGCGGCAGGUCAAGCGUCUGUCAUAUCGGACACUCCUGCAAAGUAGAAAGAUCUUAGCUUGUAUGUUCUGGACUGAAUUUCGGGCUUUCAGGCUCCUGGCGUUCUGCAUUUUUGAAGAAGAUACCACGAUAGCACGAUGGAUCUUGCUGCACCUGUAUUGAAAUUAUUAAUUGUGGUAUGCAUAAAAGUAGAGCUAUGCAAAUAUGAUAAUGGCUUCUGUAGUAGAUGGUCAAUUUUUGAGCUGUCCCUUCUGUGGCUGCUAUCCAGUGUCGUGCUAUUGCUGUUUUAAGUAAUGUCGGAUCCUAGAAUUUGGAAAUGGUCACUAUUUUGAAA